UUCACCAUUACAGUCUGGGUUGCAAGAAAUUCUUCCAAUGUAAAUAAAUUGGAAUUUCAUUAGUUUAUUACGUUUUUAAGUUAAUUCCUUUCUUUUUUUGUUACAUUAAUAUUUGAAUGUGUAUUUAGUGAUAAGAAAAGUGUUGUAACAAGAUUUUUUUCAAUGCCCGAAAAUGUCCAAAAACAAGAUUGAUAUAAAAAGUGUGCUCAAUAACAAAAUAGAAGUUAAAAGCAAAUUUGAUGCCGAGUUUCGUCGAUUCUCGGUGCAGAGAGAUCCUCAAGCUCGUUUUGAAGAAUUUCGGGCUUUAUUAGAACGUUUACACCGUUUGCAAGACAUCGCAUUUUUGGUUUCCUAUAUUGACCCCAGUGACCAAGAUUUGCUACCAAUUAACAAUGAUGAUAACCUACGGAGAGCCUUAGCGAAUGCAAAACCUCUUCUGAGAGUGAUUAUCCAAAGAAAAGGUGAUAGUCUUGAAGAACUGAACGGAUACGGGACUAUUAAGCCGCGAAAUUUAAUAUCUAGUAUAUUAGGGGGCACCCCCGGACGAACAAAAACUUUGGCAAUAUCGAACCCCCAUGAUUUUCGCCAAGUAUCAUCCAUAAUAGAUGUAGAUAUAGUACCUGAGACUUGCAGACGCGUCAGACUGUUGAAACACGGCUCUGAUAAACCACUCGGAUUUUAUAUCAGGGACGGGACAAGUGUGCGAGUCACCCAAAGUGGCUUGGAGAAAAUACCCGGAAUUUUUAUCUCACGUCUGGUGCCAGGCGGUUUGGCGGAAUCUACCGGCCUUCUGGCCGUCAACGACGAAGUCCUCGAAGUGAACGGGAUAGAAGUAGCGGGGAAAACCCUAGAUCAGGUUACAGACAUGAUGGUGGCCAACAGUUCAAAUUUGAUAAUUACCGUCAAGCCGGCAAAUCAGAGAACUGUAGCUCCGGUCCGUCGCGGCAGCUUCAGUCGAAACUCGCAACUUUCAAGCGGGUCGCAACAGUCACACACCACCGGGGGUUCCGACCCCGACGAUAAGUACGACCAAGACGAAAUUGUUGAUCUUACAGGGGCUACCAAUCUGGAUGAGAGUUCAGAAGAUGGUAUUCUGCACUUGUAGUUAUAUUUAUUGCUUCCGUUGGCUGUAAGACUGGAAUUUUUUUACAGGUUUGAAAUUAUUUUAACGGUAAUUGACUUAAAUUCGAAUACGGUAGUCACGUAGAGUACCGCUAAGUCAUAUCUGCAUUUAGUGUAUUUUUUAAUUCUAUUCAAAGUACUUAACUGGAACUAGAUAAGACUUAAGAAACAUUCCCUUUUUAUUCCAAA